AUGGCUGACAUCGAGAUUGAUCUCAACACACUGGCGCUCAUCCUCGCCGCACUCUUUGUGUUGUGGUAUAAGCGCGACUUGCUGGGCUUUGGCGGCGACGACAAGCCUGUUGUUGCGGCCGCUGCUGCCUUUGACGCCGAUGGCGAGUCCAAGCUCAAGGUCGGCAACAAGGCAUAUGAGGAGACGGACGAUGACUUUGUGGUCAAGAUGAAGCGAGGCAACAAGCGCCUGGCUGUCUUCUUUGGGUCGCAGACGGGCACAGCACAAGAGUAUGCUCUGCGGUUGGCCAAGGAGGCCAAGUCUCGCUUUGGCAUCUCGCCCCUCGUUUGCGAUCCCGAAGACACCGAGCUGGCCACCCUCGACCGGGUGCCCAAGGACAAGGCGGUGAUCUUCGUCAUGGCCACGUAUGGAGACGGUGAACCCACCGAGAACGCCGAGAGCAUGAUCAGCUUCCUCGAGGACGAGAACGUCGAGUUUAGCAGUGGCGGCAAUUCGCUCGAGAACCUCAACUACGCCAUCUUUGGGCUGGGAAACAAGACGUACCAGCAGUUCAACGAGAUGGCACGCCGUGUCGACAAGCGACUCACUGAGCUUGGUGCCAAGCGGAUCGGCGAGCGUGGCGAAGCCGACGAGCUCCUCACGAUCGAAGCCGGGUACCUCGACUGGAAGGAUGACAUGUGGAAGGCAUUUUGUCAGCGCCUCAACAUCACCGAGGGUGAAGGCGCGGGAGACGCUGCCGACUUCUCCGUCGCCGAGGUUGCCAGUGCGCCCGUGAGCAGCGUAUUCCAAGGCGAGCUAUCGUCCCAUGCACUCAAGACCUCCAUCAUUGGCGAGGCGCAGCCAGGGCAGUACGGUCCCAAGAACCCGUACACCUCCCCCGUGACCGUCGCACGCGAGCUCUUCACCACCAAUGCCGACCGCAAUUGCAUCCACAUGGAGCUCGAUAUUGCAGGUACCAACAUAUCAUACCAGCACGGAGACCACGUUGCCAUCUGGCCCUCUUCCCCCGACAUGGCUGUGGAGCGCUUCCUGUCUGUCCUUGGCCUGCGGGACAAGCGCGACGUUGCUGUCGAUGUCACGGCUCUCGACCCAGCUCUGGCACAAGUUCCCUUCCCCACACCCGCCACCUACACAUCCAUCUUCCGCCACUACCUCGAGAUCUCUGCGCUUGCGUCUCGCCAGGCUCUCGGUACUUUGGCAAAGUACGCCCCCAACCCGCGCGCCAAGGCCAUGCUUGACCGUUGGGGCCGGGACAAGGACAUCUACGCCAAGGAGAUUGAGGGUGUUCGUAUCCGUCUUGCCGAGGCGCUCCAGCUUGCCACGGGCGAUGACCCGCGCGACCCCACAAAGGCCACAGUGUGGCCCAUCCCCUUUGACGUGAUCCUUUCCAUCCUCCCACGCCAAAAGCCGCGCUACUACUCCAUCUCGUCCAGCUCAAAGCUGCACCCCAACACCAUUCACGUCACCGCCGUCGUGCUCAAAUACCUGACUCCAGCCAGCCAGCUGCACAACGAUAACCCACGCUGGAUCUAUGGCUUGACCACCAACUUUCUCCUGAACGUCAUGGACUCGUACGACCAAAAGGCCGCCGGUGGCUCGGCACAAGUCCCCAUCCGUCUGGAAGGCAUGCCCACCACUGUCCCCAGCUACCGUAUCGGCGGGCCGCGCGGCGCGCACACCAUCCCAAGCGGCUACGCUGUCCCCAUCCACACCCGCCGUGCACCGUUCCGCCUUCCUCCCCGCCAGACCGUCCCCAUCAUUAUGAUCGGCCCGGGAACCGGUGUCGCCCCCUUCCGCGGCUUUGUGCAGGAACGCAUCGCGCUCGCGCGCACCGCGAGGGAACGCAAAGGCCCCAACGCGAUCGACGACUGGGCACCCAUGUGGCUCUUUUACGGGUGCAGGCGGGCCGACGAGGACUUUCUGUACCGCGACGAGUGGCCCGGAUACGCCAAGGAGCUGGGCGAGGACAAGUUUAUCAUGCACACGGCCUUUUCGCGCGGCCCGGCACGCAAGCCCGACGGCAGCAAGAUUUACGUCCAGGACCUGAUCUGGGAGCAGAGGGAUAAGCUGGCCAAGGCGAUCGCGCAGGGCGCGUACAUUUACAUCUGCGGCGAUGGGCUCAACAUGUCCCGCGAGGUGGAGCACACGUUUGCCAAGAUUAUGGCAGAGUACCGUGGUGGCACGGUCGAGCUUGAAGGUGUGGACGAGGUGAAGAGCCUCAAGGAGCGUAAGAGGUUCUUGACGGAUACCUGGUCGUAA